CACACACACAUAAAAAAAAAAUUCACAGGCUCCUUCUCUUUCCCUCUCUUGCUCGAGCUUUCAGCCUUUGAUUUUUAUUUUCGGGUAACCUCUCUCUUGCUUCCCCUGAAAACUAUUUGUAUCUCAGAGAGAGAGAGAGAGAGAGAGAGAGAGAGAGAGAGAGAGAGAGAGAGAGAGAGAGAGAGAGAGAGAGAGAGAGAGAGAGAGAGAGAGAGAGAGAGAGAGAGAGAGCAAUCUUCUCCGCUUGCUUUCGCGUGAAGAUUCGUAUCCGUUUUCUCCGGCAAACUCAACGGCGGCGAUCCACUCUUCUUUCUUUCUAUCUUCUUCGGGAGGAACCUAGAACUUGUCUCUGUCCCUCUGGAGAAUGUGAUCCUGUCUCUUUAAGUGAAGCGUUUGUUGUUAUUGUGAUUUGUGAAAGUUGAAGAGAGAGAGAGAGAGAGAGAGAUGAAGAGAGUUAGAGAAGAGGUUUACGUUGAAGCUCAGACACGAGGACAAACUGUCUCGUCUCGUGGAGAAACAAAUGGUAGUAGGCCUUUAACGAUAGGUGGAGGAGGAGGAAACAUGGGAGGGCUAACAACGAACGAUGCUUUGAGCUAUCUCAAAGUUGUGAAGGAUAUGUUCCAAGACAAGAAAGACAAGUACGACACUUUCCUUGCACUCAUGAAGGACUUUAAAGCUCAGAGAGUUAACACUGAUGGCGUCAUAGAAAAAGUGAAGGAGUUGUUCAAGGGCUAUGACGACUUGCUUUUGGGUUUUAAUACCUUCUUGCCUAAGGGUUACAGAAUAACCCUUCCGGAGAAGAAGCCUGUGGAUUUCGAUGAAGCUAUCGAUUUUGUUAACAAGAUCAAGGCGCGGUUUGGGAAUGAUGUACGUGCGUAUAGAAGAUUCCUCGACAUCUUGAACAUGUAUAAGACGGAAGGCAAGUCCAUCUCCACUGUCUAUCAAGAGGUUACUCUGUUGUUCCAGGGCCAUGAAGAUCUGCUUGCUGAGUUUGUUAGUUUCUUACCUAAUAAUUCAGGAUCAGAUUCUGCUCAAUACCCUCUUUCCGCAAGGAAUGCGCUACCUGCCAUGCAUCCAAUGCAUUUUGACAAGAGAAUGAAAUUUGGGAGUAGGCCUGAUGAGUAUACUGAUCAACGAGAAGAUGGUGACGAGAAUCUUGUGGCUGCUGGUGAUUCUCGGGGAAAAUCCCUUAAUCAAGGUCAAUGGCGGCAGGUAGAAGACAACGAGGAUGGUCAUGAAAAUGUAGUCUUUGGCAACGGAAGCCACAAAAAUAAUAUGGCCAAGGGUAUAAAUGAACUGGAUCUUUCAGACUGUGUACAAUGUACACCAAGCUAUCGUCACCUGCCAGAUGAUUAUCCCAUUCCUACUUCAAGCUACAGAAAUUCACUGGGUGAAAAGGUACUUAAUGAUCACUGGGUAUCUGUCACAUCCGGGAGCGAGGAUUACUCAUUCAAACACAUGCGUAAAAACCAGUAUGAAGAAAGCUUGUUUCGGUGUGAAGAUGACAGGUUUGAGUUGGAUAUGUUAUUAGAGUCUGUGAAUGCAGCCAUUAAGCGCGUGGAAACUCUUCUGGAGAAGAUCAAUAACAACACAGUCUCUACACCAAUUUGUAUCAAAGAUCACCUAUCAGAGCUGAACCUAAGAUGCAUUGAGCGGUUGUAUGGGGAUAAUGGGCUUGACGUUAUGGAUCUUCUGAAGAAGAGUUCUCAUGUCGCUUUACCGGUGAUACUAACUCGCUUGAAGCAGAAACAAGAAGAAUGGGCUAGGUGUCGCUUUGAUUUCAGGAAAGUAUGGGCCGAUGUAUAUGCUAAGAAUCAUCACAAGUCACUAGAUCACCGUAGCUUCUAUUUCAAGCAGCAGGACUCCAAGAAUCUGAGCACAAAAGGUUUAGUGGCAGAAAUAAAAGAUAUCAGCGAUAGAAAGCAUAAAGAAGACCCACUUCAUGCCAUUGCUGUCGGAACUAGGCCCUCUUUCACCCCAGACUUGGAGUUCAGUUAUUCUGAUACUCAAGUUCAUGCUGACCUAUAUCAACUAAUCAAGUAUUACUGCGAAGAAAUAUGUGCUUCUGAACAAUCGGAUAAAGUAAUGAAGCUGUGGGUAACCUUUUUGGAGCCCAUAUUUGGAGUUCCUUCUAGGUCUCAAACUAGUGAGGCAAUGAUAGAUGCGGCCAAGUCCAAAGACAACCAGGAGCAGCAAGAUGCAUGUGAGGCAGUGAAGGACAGCACAUGUGACGUUUCUGUUGUCUCAAACCUAAAACUUCUAACACCCCCAACGGCACAUACCAAAGAAAACCCACCAGUACAAGGAAGCUCUGUCGCACAAGAAACCAUUCUGCAAGAUAAACUGCAUGUUCGCGCAGCUAUGGAUAUUGAGGAUACCCAGCCUCCAAAGCCGGUUUCACCACCCAGAAAGGAUCUGUUAAUGGAGGGUGUAGAGAAUCAUAGCAAGGUAAGUGAUGUAAUAAUGGGAGAGCAAAAGGUUGAGCGAGAAGAGGGCGAAUUAUCUCCCACUGAAAGUUAUGAGCAAGACAAUUAUGAGGUUUAUAGAGACAAUGGCGUUGAGUCUGUUCAGAAAUUGACAGACAAUGUAGGAAGUAAUAAAGAGCAAGAGCAGAAAGAAGGUGCAGUCUGUAUGGAAGCCGGAGCAAAGAGCAAUGCUCUCCCUAAAGAUGAUGGAAAUAAAAUUACUCAAAAGCUGUCAGAAGCGAAUGAAAAUGCCUCUAAAGAUAUUGCCUCAGGAAGCAAAUUUGGUGGCCAAGUUUCUUCCAAUGAAGAGCAUAAAGGAGCUAUGAACUGUGACCGGCUUGACAGUGAAGAUGGCUCCUUUCUCACAAUUUCAGAACGGUAUCUGCAACCUGUAAAGCCCCUUGCAAAGCAUGUGCCUGUGAAACUACAAGUCAGUGAAAGUAACUCACCGAAUGAUUCUCGAGUUUUCUAUGGGAAUGAUUCCUUUUAUGUGCUUUUUAGGCUUCAUCAAAUGUUAUACGAGAGAAUACAAUCUGCAAAGAUACAUUCAGAGAGGAAAUGGAAAGCUCCAGAUCCAGAUAACACAUCUCCUGAUUCUUAUACCAGGUUUCUGGAUGCUCUCUAUAAUUUACUUGAUGGCUCGAGUGAUAAUACAAAGUUUGAAGAUGAAUGCCGAGCUAUUAUUGGAGCACAGUCAUAUGUUCUCUUCACAUUGGAUAAGCUAGUUCAGAAGUUUGUCAAACAUCUUCAUGUAGUUGCGGCUGAUGAGACAGACACAAAGCUACUGCAACUAUACACAUAUGAGAACUACAGAAAACCGGGAAGGUUCUUUGAUAUAGUGUACCAUGAGAAUGCGCGAGCCCUUCUCCAUGAUCAGAACAUAUACCGGAUUGAAUAUUCAUCUGCACAAACCCGUCUGGCUAUUCAACUUAUGAACAACGGGAGCGAUCAGCCUGAAGUUACAGCUGUAACGGUGGAGCCAGGUUUUGCAAAUUAUCUGCAGAAUGACUUUCUUUCGCUUCUACCUGAUGAAGAAAGACCUGGUCUAUUUCUGAAGAGGAACAAGGCGAAAAUGAGCGGUCCAAAUGAAUCUUCAGGGAUACUGCGUGCAAUGGAAGGGUUGAAGAUAAUCAAUGAAGUCGAAUGUAAGAUGGCUUGCAGUUCUUCCAAGGUCAAGUAUGAACCAAACACAUCAGAUCUUCUGUAUAGACGGAAGCAGAAGAAACCAAAUGGACUUGACAAGGAUAAAACUCCUAGUAGCAGUGAAAUCUCGGGAAAGAGAAGACUAUCGCGUUUUCACAUGUGUAUGAACCGUAGACUUGCUGCCUUGCCUUAACAACGCGGCUUCCAGCCGUGUGAAAGUUCUUGGCUGAGAUAUGCAGGCAUGAGUUCGUAGUAGAGAUCAAACUGUCUUUGACAACGAUUCUUGCAUCAUUUUUGGUUCAAAGAGAUUCAUAUGGCAACCUUAAUUGCGUCUGAAGCCGCCAGUUUUGGUGUAGUGUUAAGAUUAUACAUGUACCAGACUGCUAUAGUGGGAGACUUUAUAUUCAUUCAUUCAAACAAAUGUUGGAUUCCUUCUAAGUUAUGUUUCUUUUUCAAUUCAAUUUCUCAUCCCUUUCGUCA